AGUUUAUAAUUGAUGAUGAUGAAGAUGAUGACGAUAAUGAUGUUGAGCUAUUUUGAUUAAAACAAUGCUAUUAGUAAUACUACGAGAGGGCACAGACAUCGGAUACAUGUUAAUGCUAUAAUAUGAUAUAGAUAUCUAUAAAAAGAUAAUAAGUAAGUAAUAUACAGAUCAAAGCUCUAUUUAAAGGAGCUAAAUCGCUAUUCUUUGGCACCUAGAAAUGGACACAAAUGGGUCGCAACGCAUAAAUUAAUGUAAUAUGAAUAUAUAUAUAAACUGAUUUACAUUCGAUCGUUUCUGUUUUCAUUGUAAUUUCUAAUCAGUUAUGUUCGGCGAAAUACGCGAAGAGUCUGAUUAUUUCAGUCUACACCGGUUGUGUUCUCCUACAUGGGAUAUGUUUAGCCUCGGUCAUCGAGUCGCUUCAUACAACUGACACCCCAAAACAUUCUGGCACACGAUUCGUGUGCCAAUUUUAAGAUAUCACUCUGUCUUAGAAAAUUGGAUAUCAGAAGCCUAACUUUUCACGGUGAGAUAACAACAUCAAUGUUGAUUUAAAUUGACCAAUAAAACGUGUUUGCAAUGUCGAAGACUGUGGGUGAUACCGAGUUAAAGACUUGACUCCUUUAAAAUGUUACUUUAACAAUUAGGUCGUUCUGCAUCUUAACAUAUUUAUGUUCAUAUAUUUGGGUAUUCAAAUGCGUCUUUAUAUAUUAGGCCCAGUUAAUUAAUCGUUAUUUAUAUAUAUUUCACCAACGGACGUAUAACUUUUUGUGCUUAUAGUAUUGCACACGUGACACCGGGUCAUGUAUUGGUUAUUCAUAAAUUAUUAACUUGUGUCUUUAUGUGUCGACAUGUAGUAGACCGUAAUGACCUUUACUACGGAAGUAAGCAAUCAAACAUGAACAACUGUAAGCUAAUUUUAAAUUAUUGUAAAAACUGUCACAGUGAACUUACAACCCAUGUUUUAGUUUUGGUGGACAUUUAGCUUGUUUUAAAAUACAAAUAUCUAAUAAACUUAUAUCUGAAUGGUUGGCUUUGCAUGCUUACACACGACCGGCGGGUCCUUAGAAAGGUUAGUUUGUAAUCAGAUCUACCAGCCAAAAGGGAAUAAAAUCAUCGCACUGGUGACUGUGAUAGGAUGAAUGACAUAAUAGAAUCAAGUAAUAAAUUAUUAGCAACAACCAAUGGUAAAAUAGCAGUAGCAGGAACUCUGGUUGGCGCAUCAGCAUUGGCAUACUAUCUGUAUGCCAAACCACAAUCACCCAAAUUACCAUAUGAUCUAGCGUGCCAAUCUGUUGAAACAAAGGAUGGAGGAAGACGUUUGCCCCAGUUUAAAGAUGAUGAUUAUUUAGGCUAUUUAUUUGAAGAUGUACAGACAGUGUAUGAAUGUUUUCAGAGAGGACUAAGAUUAUCACGUCAUGCUAAAUGCUUGGGAACUAGAAAAGAUCCAGGUGGAAAAUAUGAAUGGGUGACAUACCAGCAGGUUUAUGAAAGAGCACAUGCGUUUGGAUCUGGAAUGAUUGAGCUUGGAAUUUCACCUGGUACUGACACAAUGAUAGGAAUUUAUGCUUCAAAUAGAGUAGAGUGGGUAACAACAGAACAAGCAUGUAAUAUGUACAGUAUGGUAAUAGUACCGUUAUAUGAUACACUGGGACCAGAUGCUUGUAAAUAUAUCAUCAGUUUAACUGAAAUGGAGACAGUGGUUUGUGAUACAGCUAAAAAGGCUCAGAUAUUAUUGGAUCAGAUAGAUCAACUGCCUAGUUUAAAGAGAAUUAUAAUUAUAGAAGAAAUGUCAAACAACAAUGUGGAUUUAGCUAAAACUAAAGAUAUCACUUUAUACACAUAUCAUGAUAUAGAGAAUAUCGGUUCAAAGAAUCUACACGAUGCCGUGCCCCCAAAACCUUCUGAUCUGACAACUAUUAGUUUUACAAGUGGAACAACAGGUGAUCCUAAGGGUGUUUUGUUAACCCAUGAAAAUUUGAUCUCGCAUAUUAGUGGAAUAAUUUCAUUAGUAAAGUACAAUUUUGGACCAAAUGAUUGUCACAUUUCAUAUUUACCAUUAACACAUAUGUUUGAAAGAUCGAUGCAGAUCAGCGCCUUUAUGCAUGGUUACCAUGUUGGCUUUUAUUCCGGUGAUAUAAAGAAUUUAUUUGAUGAUAUAAAAGAAUUAAAGCCAACUAUAUUUCCAACUGUACCGAGAUUAUUAACAAGACUGUACGACAAGGUGCAUAGCAAUUGUCGAGGAUAUUCAUUUAAAAGUAUUUUAUUAAGGACAGCUAUCAACAGAAAGAUUGCUGAAGUUAAACGGGGUGUCGUACGUGAUAACAGUAUCUGGGAUUAUCUGGUAUUAAAGAAGAUAAGAAACAUGCUUGGUGGUAGAAUAUCAAUACUUAUCACAGCAUCAGCGCCAUUAUCUGCUGAUGCCAUGAAUUUUACUAGAGCUGUCUUUGGAUGUCCAGUAUUUGAAGCAUAUGGUCAAACAGAAGCCACGGCAGCAGUAUCGUGCACUUUACCAGGUGAUACGACGUCUGGUCAUGUUGGUGCUCCUUGUUUAUGUAAUUCUAUUAAGUUGAUCGACGUACCCGAAUUAGAUUACUACGCCGCAAACCAAAAAGGGGAGAUUUGUAUUAAGGGCGUAAAUGUAUUUAAAGGUUAUUAUAAAAAUCCCGAGAAAACAAAAGAAACAAUAGAUGAAGAUGGUUGGUUACGUACUGGUGAUGUCGGUGCAUGGUUACCUAAUGGUACGUUGAAAAUUAUAGAUAGAAGAAAACACAUAUUCAAACUUUGUCAGGGAGAAUAUGUCGCACCAGAAAAAAUAGAAGCUGCAUAUUUAAAAAGUCAAUAUGUUGCUCAAAUAUUUGUUGAUGGAAAUAGCCUAAAGGCGUAUUGUAUGGCAGUUGUAGUAUUGGAUCCAGAUGUGAUAAGUAACGUUGCUAAACAGUAUAAUAUAUCAACCGAUCCAGAAGUUGUCUCCAGGUCUAAGAAAAUAAAAGAUUUAGUUUAUUCAGAUAUGAUAGCAAUAGGUAAAUCAAGCCGCCUUAAAGGCUUUGAGCAGGUAAAAGAUAUCUACAUCCACCCAGAACUGUUUUCAGUUGAAAAUUCAUUAUUAACACCAACGUUUAAAAACAAACGACCACAGUUACGACAGAGGUUUAAAACCGAAAUAGAUAAUCUGUAUGAAAGACACGAUGUAUAAAUUAUUUGACAAUUAUAGUGACAUGCUGCUGAACAAUUGAAGAAUAUUUAAGAUAAUGUUCUAAGGACUCUUCGUAUAACAGAAAUAAAAUGAAAUUUCUUUGCAAAAUCAGUUCAAGAAUCCCAUAUGAAGCUGUCUAUUGUUGUCAUAAUGGUUAAUAUAUGGAACAAAUUAUAUUGUAAAUUACAACUAACAUUUUAUUUUGGUUUGACGAAUAGCAUAUUUGAUGGCAUUUCAAGUAAAUACUUGCAUCAUUGUUGUCUAUAUUAUAGGGUCAACUGUACGUGCAUUUUUGUGUUUUGAUAUUUAAUAGUACGUAUCUCCCGUUAGUUGAUUAAACUGUAAAUAGAUAUAGCAUCAUUGUCGUAUUGAACCAAUACCCCUAAUUCUAUAUUUUUACC